UCAGCGCUGGUUAGAAUAAUUGACCAACGGAGUAGUGCCGAAACCCGUAUCAAGAGAGCAAAUCAAGCAUUGAUAUCUGAAGUUGGUUGCUAUGCACAAUCGAUCCACAGCUUGCCCAGUCGCAAGCCCCGGGAAACCUGAAAUCGUCGCCCUCUAAUUGUCAUCACGUUUCGUGACCGUUGAACUAUCCCCAUACUAAUUGGAGGUACUCAAUUUGGGUGCAAGAUCGUUUAUCGAGCACUGAGGUAAGCACACAAGUUUUCGAGGCCACCCCGGCAUCAUGUCUUACCAUCCUCGUCCCCCGGGAACGACAAUAGUCUCCGCCGGAAUGCAGUACAUUGCGCCACCGAUGGUUCAGCCACUAUUGCCGAGCUUAAGUCAACCACCACCCUCGAAUCGAGGCGGAAGUUUCCGAUCUGGAGCCACCAUUGGUUCCCGACCACAGAUGUACAACAACAAACCUCCACCGCAACCUGAACCAGUGUACGAUGGGCCAGUGGUGACAGUUUUUGUGGGCAACAUCAGCGAAAAGGUGCCUGAUCCGAUGAUAAAGCAAAUUCUCGCUACUUGCGGCAUGGUUAUCAACUGGAAACGUGUGUCAACGUUUGGGUUUUGCGAGUACGAUCCGGACGGUGGUUCUCGAGCGGUACGGUUGGUACAUGACUUGGAAGUUGGCGGCAAAAAGUUGGUCGCGAAAGUGGAUGCGAAAAACAAAGCGUUGCUGGAUUCGUUCCGCGAGGAUGAGAACAAUGCAGAAUCGACCAACGAAGCGUCCGAGAAGCGGCGCGAUGAUGAUGCAAUGGUGGGGAUCAAUCGCAUCCUAGAAGACUUUCGCGAGGAACUGGCCGCCGCUGAACAGCACCAGGAGGAACAGCAGGCAAAACAGAAGAAAAUGCUUCAAACGGUUGACAUCGAAGAUGGGAAGCGAGAGAUUAUUAGCAAGGAGAUCGGCAAGUUCCGCAAGUACACAGAAGAAGAGGAGCUCAAGAAGGAAAAGGAAAAAGAACGGAAAAAACGUGAAGAAAAGCGAGCAGAGGAGAAGCAGCGACGGUCGGCAUCACCUCGAAAGGACAAAAAAGUACCAGCACCGUCAUCUUCUUCCUCUUCCGCUUCGCGACGAUCUCGUGAUCGUGAGCGGGAUCGGGAACGUGAGCGAGAACGUGAACAGCGCGAACGUGAUAAGGAACGGGAACGCGAACGAGAGCGUGAACAGCGUGAAAGAGAACGGGAGCGUGAACGUGAACGGGAACGUGAUUUGGAGCGCCAACGGGAACGCGAACGGGAACGGGACCGCGAAAGGGAACGGGAGCGCGAAAGAGACGAGAGCAAGGUAAACCGCAACCCGCGCGACAUUCAGCGGGAAAAGGAAAUGGAGGAGGAAGCCCGCGAACGCAAGAAGACGGAGAAAAAGGCACGCGAGAAGGAGGCCGCGUACCAGGAGCGACUCCGUAACUGGGAGGCUCGCGAAAGAAGAAAAGCUAAGGACUAUGAGAAAGAUCGAGAGAAGGAUCGCUGUCGAGAGGAGGAGCGCGAAAGAGAAGCGAAGCGAUUGAAGGAGUUCCUGGAAGACUACGACGACGAGCGGGACGAUCCGAAGUACUACAAGGGGCGAGAGCUUCAGCGGCGAUUAGCAGAUAGGGUCCGAGAAGCGGAUGCAGACUCGAAGGAUCGCAACAAGGAGCAAGAAGAGCUGGACGAGUUGAAGAACAAAAUCUUUAGUGGCGAGUACGACAAUCCGGCGCUUGAGUUUGAAAAACUCAAAAAGGAGCGUGAAGAUCUCUACAAACCGAAGAUUUUGAUCGAUGUGAACCUGGAGCAAUCGCAGCAACGGGAACGAGAAUUGGAGCGUGAACGAUUGCGUGACAUCGAACGACAACGGGCAAAGGAUCGCGAGCGCGUCAACAAGGAGCGUUACGUCCUUGCGCAAGCUUCACGCGAACUAGCAUCCGUCGAUGCGGAACCGAUCGAAUCAGACUCGAGUGGUCAGGACAACUUUAACUCGCCGGCAGGAGGAGCGCUACAGCCGGGUGCAACUAUUAAUGCUGCUUCGAACGGACCUGGCUCUGGAUCCGGUGGCAGCAUUACGGAUGGGAUGGGAAACAGCAAUCACCAUCAUCCAAGCCAUCAUCACCAUCACCACGGGCAUCACGGGCAUCCUCAUGGGCAUCAUCAUCAACACCACCAAGCAGCAGAAUCGCGAGUGGCCUCGGCAGGUCAGCAUCCACCGCACGCUGGUUCGGAAACUCGGGAUUCGUUCGGUGCGAGUGGCGGCGGAGGUCCAAUGGAUGAUGAAAACUCGCGACACUCAAUUCGAUCGAACUCGCAGCACGGCGUACCGGAAAGUCCUGAGGCGAACAGCAACAGUGGACAGAACUCGAUGUCAGAUAAAUCUACCCACCAUCCUCACCAUCACCACCAUCAGCUGCUGCCGCAACAAUCGACGGUGGGACCGACGAUCAGCCUCAACUUGAACGUGAAUGCGAAGAAGAAAAAACUUGAAGUGAAGGACGUUUUUAAUAGUUUGGACGACGACACCGAAGAAUCGAACGGUCCAAAGAAACGUAAACUAGUGCCGCUAGAGUACGAAGAUGGGCGACUGCAAGCGGACACCCCGACCGGAACGGCUAACAACACACCAGGGGCAGGUUCCGCCACGGGAACAAAGUCGUCGGCAAAGGGCAAAAAGGGUGAUGAACCACCCAGCCGCGAGUCGCUCAAAUCCCAGGAAGAAAAGCGCAAAAACAUCAAGAGUAUUAUCGACAAGAUACCAACCGAGAAGCACGAUCUGUUCAACUAUCCGCUGGAUUGGAGCGAGAUCGACAAUACAAUCGAGAAAAAGAUUCGACCCUGGAUUAAUAAGAAAAUCAUCGAAUACAUUGGCGAACCGGAACCGACACUGGUUGAUUUCAUCUGCUCCAAGGUGCUGGCCGGUAGCACCCCUCAGGGCAUCUUGGACGAUGUUCAAAUGGUUCUCGACGAAGAAGCGGAAGUUUUUGUGGUAAAAAUGUGGCGGCUCCUGAUCUACGAGGUGGAAGCCAAAAAGGUUGGCCUAGCGAAGUAAGUGCUGUCGGAGGGAAAGGAGUUUGCGUAACGCUCUAACGAGAGGAGCGACAAAGAGGUUUUCUUAGCCGGAGCAAGGCAAAUACUGAAGAAAAUGUUUUGUGAAAACUGGCGCACAUGAGUUUCAUUGAGUUUGAGUUUCGCACAGUUGCCGGCUGCACUGCAGGGAAUCCGUGGGUUCUUUGAAGGAAAGCGUUUGUUGCUUUCUGCUCCUUGCCAUCAAUUUUGUUCUCGUGCUCAAAUCUUCCGGUUCCGGUGCGCUUCGGUCUUCUGCGUUAUUUCAGUCGCCCUUUCUCUCUCUUUUUCCACUAAAGAAAGGUUUUUGAAAAAACAUCAUCCACAAAAAAUAAGUAGGAGACUAGAUAAGGAUGGAUAGCCGUGAACUGGUAGCAGUCAAAAAUUGACUUGGAGAGUCUAUUGUCCUUUUGCAGAAGAAAAUAACAUAUGAUUAUCUUCUUCGAACCGCCCACGUGCGCGAAAUUAGAGUUUUUGUGACAAAAAAGAAGCGCUAAGCCAUCCCCAGCCCGAUGUACAGUUAUAGUUAGUGUGGCGCAUGAUACUAAAUGAAAGCUUAUUAAAGGUUCUUAGCUAAGUGCAGGCUAGGGACGAAAAAGUGGAUAAGGUAACAACAAUUAACUGUGGAGAUGAAUAAAUCAAGAACAAUACCACUACCAUUUUGAAACACUUAAAGCUUAGAAAUACA